CUGUUAUCCAGCCUGGUGCCCCGGUGCCCGCGGUCGUGCCAGAUGACUCAGAGCCCGCUGUCAUGCCAGAUGACUCGCUGCCCGCUGUCGAGCUUGGUGACUCGGUGCCCACUGUCAAGCUUGGUGACUCGGUGCCAGCUGUCAAGGUUGGUGACCCAGUGCCCGCUGUCGUGCCAGAUGACUCGGUGCCCGCUGUCAAGCUUGGUGACCCGGUGCCCUCUAUUCUGCCAGAUGACCCGGUGCUCGCUAUUCUGCCAAAUGACCUGGUGCCCGCUGUCGUGCCAGAUGACUCGGUGCCCGCUGUCGUGCCAGAUGACUCGGAGCCCGCUGUCGUGCCAGAUGACCCGGUGCCCACUGUCGUGCCAGAUGACUCGGAGCCCGCUGUCGUGCCAGAUG